GAGCAGAUAAAGUUCGAGAUAGCAUUGUAAUUGCCACAAAGUUUGCUGCAUAUCCUUGGCGCCUCACAUCUGGACAAUUUCUAAGAGCCUGCAAGUCUUCUUUAAACCGCAUGCAGCUUGAGCAACUUGGAAUAGGACAGCUGCAUUGGUCAACUGUAAACUAUGCCCCUUUGCAGGAAUUAGCUUUAUGGGAUGGACUUGUUGCAAUCUAUGAGAAGGGUUUAGUUCGUGGAGUUGGUGUUAGCAACUAUGGCCCUAAGCAGCUUCUCAAAAUUUACGAGUACCUAAAGUCUCGAGGUGUUCCUUUAUGCUCAGCUCAGAUUCAAUUUUCAUUGCUUAGCUUUGGUGAUGAUCAAAUGGAACUGAAAGCAGUAUGUGAUUCUUUGGGAAUCCAACUAAUUUCGUAUAGCCCUCUGGGACUUGGUAUGCUUACCGGGAAAUACUCAGCUUCCAAGCUGCCCAGUGGGCCAAGAGCUAUACUAUUUCGCCGGAUUCUUCCACGAUUGGGUCCUUUGCUCAAUUCUCUUAGAGGGAUUGCACAAAGGAGGGAUAAGACAAUUUCACAAGUUGCAAUAAACUGGUGCAUCUGCAAAGGCACCAUCCCAAUUCCUGGAGUGAAGUCAGUCAGGCAAGCAGAAGAAAACUUGGGCUCCCUUGGUUGGCGUUUGAGUUCCGAGGAGAUAUCUGAGCUUGAAUCUGCAGCGAGGGACUGUCCGAAUAAGAUGAUUCAGAACAUCUUCCAAACCCGGUAAUCAGAAUCACUCUGAAAUAGAUAAGGUCAUUAGUAAUAUGUGUUAAUUAUGAAGUGUAAAAAUAGUCUACCGACCCCACAAUUUAUAAAAGAGUGAAUUUAGUCGCCAUAAUUUUUUAAUAUAGAUUGAUAUAGUCCUCACAGAUGAUUAAUCGGUCUAGUUUAAAGAAUUUGGGACUAAUCUGUCGCAAUAAUAAAUUCUGGGAGUAAAAUGAGACCUCAUAUAAACAGUCAGGGGACUAAAUUAUCAUUUUACUGGGUUAAUUUUAAUCAUUCAUGAUUAAUUCCGUACCUUAUCACAUGUAGCAAUUGUAAUGUACAAGUAAGUGACCCUUCUUUUGCUUUACAUUUGUUGUUGUUUGAACAAGGAGAUAUUGUGUUCUCUUUCAAGAAUGUGAAAUCUGUUCAUGAAGAUGCC